CUCACAAGAGAGAACGCAAUUCCGCGAUUGAGGUACUCCGCCCGAAUCUAUCAUCCACUUUUGCGUUCUUUUUUUUCUUUUCUAUAAUUCUCAAGUAAGGGUUUUCCGACUUGGUUAAUCUGCAGGAAACCAUGGUUCGUCACAGAUUAGAUGCAGGUUUAAAGUGUUAUCUAACAACUUCCUUCGUAGUUGGACUUUGAUUGCUACGGAGGAGAAUGGCCCGAUGGGUCAAAGGUUCGCUAACCAUCCAUUUCACAUGGGAGGGAGACAGAGAGCGAGAGCGAGAAUGGUGUGAAGUAAGUGGUUACAUUAUUUACUUUGUGAAUGUAAAAUGUAAAAUGGAAGGUUUUGGAUUAGAACCAAGGAUAGAAUGGCCCCUCUGUCUUUUUUGGAAUUGCGACGCUCCUGGACUGGGUCUCAGCUCUCUUACCUUGCUCUGUGUAUGUUCGUCUAUCAUUCUCUCUCCCGAAUCAGACCAUGUGGUCGGUCAGAAGGAAAGAAAGUCGAAAGACUUGACUAGACUAAACUAGAACACAGAGAGAGAGGACCGACCCAACGGAAAGUUUUGUGGUGAGAUAGCCGAUAGAGAUUGACUUGGAGCGUGAGAUUAAU